UGUAAAACAGUAUUAUGUAUCAAGUACAAAAACCUGAGAUUAGGUUGGGAUUAUGGGGAAAAAAUCAUUAUCAGGUCACCCUAAACCACACGGCUGCUAUCUGGGGACACUGCUAAAUAAGUCUGAGCAGGGCACUGCCUGACCCGAAACUCUGUGUUUGCAUGCCAGCCUGCCCCCGGAUGGCCCUCCAGGCCUCUGUGCUAGUUAAAUAAGCACUGUGACUAAGGAACUGUGUUUGAGCUGGGAUUGUGUGAGAAAAUCCUUUUUGGGUCACCCCAAAGCACAUGUUGUGGAGGAAACCAGGCAACGUGUAAGGAGCUUCACAGAGUGCUUGCGCCCAUGCUGUUGUCUUCCUGCUACAGUAAAAAGGAGACUACAGAGCAGUCCAGCCCCUGCAAACCGAUGUGGUUCAGUCUUCUCUACUGCAUAGAGAUCUACUUAGUAACAUUUCCAUCCAGAAGCUCCAGGCUGACUCUACUUGUAUUUUAAGUCUGCUUCUCUGUGACAGAACUCCCUUGACAGCAGGGCAGCUUUUGACAAGCUUCUGCCCAUCUAAGGUCACACAGAGGAGGAGGAUGCCAUUUCCUGUGGGAAAGCUCCAAUUUCCAGCUGGUUUCCAAUCUGAGAGAUGUGCUGCCUCAGCCUCCCACAUGGCUGGCUUCCCUGUCAUUCAUCCAGUCAGUGACCAUCUCUUGAGAUUUUUUGUAACUACAUAACACCAGGACUAAUAUUGGGGACACCAUGGAAGCAAUUGCACAUCUCUUUGAAAUGAGUCAAUUAAAUAAUAGGAGAAAAGUCCCCAUGCUCCCUCCUGCUGGAAAAAAAUUACCAAGUGAAAGGCUGGCUCAUUCUUAAGAGAAUUGUAGGGAAGUCCCCUGAUGUCAGGUUUGCCCAAAUCCAGUCCCCUUUAGGAGAACAGAUUUACUCCCAAAACAGGCUGCUAGUUUCAUCCUAUCCUUUACUGCAGCUUUUGCUUACUGGACAACAAACAGCGUGGGGCUUCUACCUCAGCCACUCCAGCUUGACUGAGUGACAUUAUAGGUUUGCAAGCCCUAUUUCACCCCAGGUAGUGGAGAUAUGGGAUUGUUCAGGUGGGAACAAGCAGGUAGUACAUGCUCAGCCCUAUCUCCUCACACCCCAGGACACCCUUCAAAAGGAUCAUGCAACACCCUGGCUGAAAACCACCGAUCUAAAUGAACCGAGUUGGACAAAACCAAACACUUGUAAUCGGAUAGGCCAUUGUAAUAGAUACACAUUUGUACAUCUCAAGCUUUCAUCAUUCUCAAAUGCAGAGAACGCAUUUUACCAGGGGCCUGCAAAGUAUUACCUGUUCAAAUGAUACUGGCUUUCAUUAGUUCCAGCUGCCACCUGACAAACAGCUAAAAAGCGUUAAAUACUUGCAUAUCAUUAGCGUGUCUUGCCCCAGCCCACCCAGUCUUUCAUUUACUUUCAAGUACCGAGAGAUGCAUCAGUUGAAGGGACAUAAUCCUAGUAACUAGCAAAGCCAAGAUGGAUUCAAAACAUUAAAAAAAAUUCUGUGUGUUCUUCCUCAAGGAAGCAUUAAAGAAUUCCUGCUGUGACAAAGGAAGAACAUGCAUGCUGUUGUGGUGUUUAAACACUUAGAAAAAUACCUAAGAUCCAUCAAAACUUUUGUGAAAAGCACUAAUGUGAAAAUUAAAAUGCUAAAUAUUUUUCUUGUCAUCAUACUCAUAGGUAAUACCCAAAUGAUACACUGACAAUAGACCAGUCACAUUUCAACUACAACUUGUUAUAAUCGCAUAAUAUAAUCUUAUUUUGUAUCUUUCAGCUAAAAUAUAUAUUACUGUUGCUUUUGUUUUCAUUUCCCUAUCUCUCACUUCGCAGGAGAUUGCCAGAGAAGAAUAUGUAUAAGCUUUGUCCUGAAAGCAUUUGAAAAUUCCCAGCUCAGGGUUCAAUCUAGUCUUAGUUUCAUGUGAAAACCCCAGUGUAUAUUUUUUGGAUACUGCAUGAAAUUAAUUGAAAGCAAAAUUUGGGCUCCAGAACCUUGUAACUUCCAUAGCUAUAAUCUGACAUUUGUUUCAGGCAAAUCACCCCCCUGCCCCAGGUACAGUUGUGCUCACAUUUUUGUACGGGAAUUUGUUUUCAGAGUAGCAUAUAAGAAAUCUUUCAACAUUUUAUUCCAUUUGCUCAUUACUUAUGGGAGGCCAGAAUAUUUUCCAUAGACUGGUAGACUGUUUAACUGCUUUACAACACCCAGAGUUGCUAAUCAGCAUUGUUUCAAACAUGUGUUCAUAUGUCAACACUUUUGCCUCUGUCAGGAAGUUAAAUAUGGAAACUUUUUUUUCCUUUAAGAAAUCAGAAAUCCAAAUAAGGAGAUCACAGAGCACUACAAAUUCCUCUAGUGAAUCCAUUCCAACUCGUUCCUUAGAAAGGCUGCACACGAAAGAUCAAGGGGGCCACUAGGGACUUGGUCUCAAUCCAAAAUAUCCAGUAAGGGUCUUUCAGAGUUUAAAAUUAUCUCCAACCAUUCAAGUGCUCACUCUACUGCAUCAGCAGGGCUGUACUCAUCUUCUUUCUCCACUUAAGUACCUUUAGAAGAAACUACCAUUCUACUCUUCACAAGAUCUUCAGUUUUGUCAAAGACCACACUAUACUGUAACAAAAAUGGAAGCUAUCAAGAAAAAGAUGCAGAUGCUGAAGCUAGAUAAGGAGAAUGCCAUUGACAGAGCAGAACAGGCUGAAGCAGACAAGAAGGCAGCAGAGGACAAAUGCAAACAGGUAGAGGAUGAGCUAAUGGCCCUGCAGAAGAAAUUGAAAGGAACUGAAGAUGAAUUGGACAAAUACUCAGAAGCUCUUAAAGAUGCCCAGGAAAAACUGGAGCAGACUGAAAAGAAGGCAACAGAUGCUGAGGGUGAAGUGGCAGCUUUGAAUAGACGCAUCCAACUAGUGGAGGAGGAGUUGGAUCGUGCCCAAGAACGCUUGGCCACAGCCCUGCAGAAGCUGGAGGAGGCAGAAAAAGCAGCUGAUGAGAGCGAGAGAGGUAUGAAGGUUAUUGAAAACAGAGCAAUGAAGGAUGAAGAGAAGAUGGAAAUUCAGGAGAUGCAGCUGAAAGAGGCCAAGCAUAUUGCUGAAGAGGCUGAUCGCAAAUAUGAAGAGGUUGCCCGUAAACUGGUCAUUCUGGAAGGUGAACUCGAGAGAGCUGAGGAACGUGCUGAGGUGUCAGAACUUAAAUGCAGUGACCUUGAAGAGGAACUAAAGAACGUUACUAACAACCUGAAGUCCCUGGAGGCUCAGUCAGAGAAGUACUCUGAAAAAGAGGAUAAAUAUGAAGAAGAAAUCAAGCUUCUCUCUGACAAACUCAAGGAGGCUGAAACCCGUGCUGAGUUUGCAGAAAGAAGUGUUGCUAAACUGGAAAAGUCUAUUGAUGAUCUGGAAGAUGAGCUGUAUGCUCAGAAGCUAAAAUACAAAGCUAUCAGCGAGGAACUUGACCAUGCUCUUAAUGAUAUGACCUCUUUGUAACUAGCAACUCUCCUAGCUUUGUUCGAUGCUCUUUAAAAAAUCUUCAGCCUGUAAUACCGACCUCUGCGUGCAAUCCUUAACAUCAAACUUGUAGCUUGUUCUGUAAAAACUGACUGAAAUAAAAACAAGUUUAUCUUGC